ACGAGUCAAGGCAAGAUUCUCUACCUAGGUAAUAAACACCUAAUAUGGAGGGAGGCAAUGUGGUAUUGAAACAUGAUGUAAGAAGCUAUUCCUGGUGGCUGUCGUUGAUUCUCGGCGUGGCAGUUUCGAUGACUGGUGUUGGAGUGUCCAAACUCCAAAGGUGGUCGAAGAGGCGAAGGCGAUGAGCGCGUCAAACUUGGAACCCGUUUCGAGACACCCAAGCAUUUUGAUCACAGAAAGCCUUCGACAACACGUAUAAAACGAUCAAUCCCACUCUCUCUUCGAUCCAGCUCUUCUUCCCAUCAUCAGCAACUUCCCCUUCCUUCACCUCCAAUCCAAACAACCAACCCAACCAACCAAACCCACUUCAUCCUGUCCCCAUAAACCUCAACCAACCCCCAAACCCAACCUUCAAAAUGCACCUCACCACAUGCACCCUCCUCACCACCCUCCUCACCACCCUGACCAUCGCCGCCCCUGCCCCUGCCCCUUGGCCCGCUCCCGAGGCCGCCCUCGAACCCCGCGCCCAAGACCUCAUCGACCUCUGGAAGAACAAAAACUUCCUCGACCUCAAGUUCACCGGCUCCGCCAACCCAGGCGACUGCAAGAACCUGCCCUCCAACUUCAACGACAUUGCGUCUUCGGGUAAAGCCAAGGCCGGGUUCCGGUGCACGAUUUGGGUCGAUAGCAACUGCAGGGGUACGGGGUUCAGUUUUAAUCAGAACCCUGGAUCGGCGAGUUUUCCGGAUUGGAUCAAUGAUAAGGUGAGUAGUUGGAAGUGUGUGAGGGAUUAGGUAGUUGUCUUGGGUGGGGUGGGCUGGGUUUUGGGUGUUGGGUGUUGAGAGGUCCGGUUGGGAGGAGACUUAGAGAUGAGAGUUGAGAUGAGGCUUGAGACGAGAGUUGGUUGUAGGCAUGGCUGUGAUGGGAUUGAGGAGGGGAGGAAAGGAGGGGAGGAAAGGAGGGGAGGAAAGGAGGGGAGGAAAGGAGGGGAGGA